UUUAUUUAAUUCUGUAUCGAAUGUGUUUAAAUAUGGUUGAUACGAUGCAUCGAUAUCUUGGUUUUUUAAUUUCAAUGCUUUCGCUUUAUACCACGUGUUCAAAAUCUUACACGCCAAACGGUUAUAUUGGUUGCUUUACGGACUAUAAUGAUAGAAUUUUGGACGGGGACAGUCGCAUUUCACAGACUAACAGUGGGGAAGAAUGUAUUCAAUUUUGUAAAAGUAAUGGAUACAGAUACGCUGGUACUGAGUUUUGGGAUGAGUGUUAUUGUGGCAAUCAAAUACGACAAAAGAUUCUUACCAAUGCCUGCACAUUUUCUUGUGCAGGUAACAUUCAUGAAAUAUGCGGAGGUUAUUGGAGUAUAUCAGUGUACGAUAUUAACCAAAUAACUACUAAAACGUUCUCGUCAACGACAAAAAGGAAAACGACAACAAGACGAACAACAAUCAGAUUGACAACUUUAAAACCAACAACAUCAACAUUUAUUAGUCCCACUUCUGCACGUACAAGUGGCCGAAAUAUAAACUUAACACAAACUACAAGUAACAAGUAACAACACAUUAGAAACAACAAUGUAUCCGGAGCCAGGAAUUGAAAAUGAUUCCAGUACAACAAUGGUAAUCGUAUAUGUCACAGCACCUCUUGGUUUUAUUGUUCUACUGCUUUUUACGCUUUUAGGAGUUUAUCUCAGACAAAGACAUCUACGUAAGAAAAGGAUCUGCUUUGAGAAUAUCAGUCGAGGAACUGGUUCGAUGCCAAAUAUAUAUGCUACAAUAAUUGAGUCACAGAGUGUUAAGAGAGAAAAGGUACAAGUUAACGAAAAUCAAGUCGUAAACGAAUGCUCCAACAUAACUAGUGCCAAUGAUAAAAAAUUCAAACCUUUCUGUCAAGAAGUUAACGAAAACGAUUACUAUGAUUCACUAAAUAAGCAACAAAGUAACGCUGGUGCGACUGAAAAUACCUAUGAUAAAGUACCGAACCAUAUUAAAGACGAAUCUUACUCAAUUUGUUCUAGUAAUCACUUUGCAGAUGAACACAAAGAUAUAAACAACGUGUAUUCACAUAUAGAAAAUACUGAUAGGCAAACACACAGCAAAGGUUGCGCUGAUAUUGAAGACAACGUGUAUAACACAUUGCAGUUAAAGACAAGACAAGAACUUGAAACCAGUAAAACUGUUGCAGACCUAUCAGAUUACAAUACCAUAUGUGCUUCAAGAGCAACGACAGUGGAUAAUGGGGAUUAUUCUCAUAUAAAUAAUGUAGUGUCCGGAGAAUUUGGCAGUAAAAAUAAAUAUGUUGAUGAUGGUAACAUAUAUUACAAUGACAAUGAAUAUGCUUCAGUUAUAAAGAAUAUCAAGAAGUAGCAAAUAGUAACGGGAGAAUGGAAAUUGUACUAAGCACAAUAAGCAAAUGCUUUAUUUCAAAGACAUUGAAGGAAUAGAUCACAAACGAUUUUGUCAUAGUAUUCAUGUUUUAAGGAAAGUUUAAUAUUAUGUACAAUGUACAUUUAAUGUAAUUAAAAAUAUGCUUGGUAUUAA